GUUGAUGCCAUCAACACUCGUCUGCUGCUGGCGAGAUGAAUUGGAUUGACUAAUUGUGCAGUUUAACCUUCAGAUCUGCUGACACGGUCGCUGGCUGCUGUUGGCUCUGACCGUCUGACUGCCGUGUGAUGGCUGCAGUCUGAGGAGGUCACCCUUUGGAUUUUAACGACACACACACACACACACACACACACACACAUAAACACACACUCUCUCUGGACGGUGGACACCUGAGAAGGAGAGGAGGCCCGCUGGAACAAUGGCGAAGUAUCACUGGCAGAGUCAAAAUGUGAAGCAAAGCGGAGUGGACGACAUGGUCCUGCUGUCCAAAAUCACUGAGGACGCCAUUGUGGACAACCUCAAGAAAAGAUACCUGGACGAUUACAUCUUUACAUACAUCGGCCCUGUGUUGAUAUCAGUCAACCCGUUCAAACAGAUGCCCUACUUCACUGACAGAGAGGUCGAACUUUACCAAGGAGCUGCCCAAUAUGAAAAUCCCCCCCACGUCUACGCCUUGUCUGAUAACGUGUACAGAAACAUGAUGAUUGAUGCAGAGAAUCAGUGUGUCAUCAUCAGUGGUGAGAGCGGUGCUGGGAAGACCGUGGCUGCCAAAUACAUCAUGGGUUACAUUUCCAAAGUAUCUGGAGGAGGAUCGAAAGUUCAGCAUGUAAAAGACAUCAUCCUACAGUCAAAUCCUCUGCUGGAAGCUUUUGGUAACGCCAAGACCGUCCGCAACAACAACUCCAGUCGUUUUGGGAAAUACUUUGAGAUUCAGUUCAGCAGAGGAGGAGAGCCAGACGGCGGCAAAAUCUCAAAUUUCCUGCUUGAGAAGUCCAGGGUGGUGAGCCAAAAUGAGAACGAGAGGAACUUCCACAUUUACUAUCAGAUGAUAGAGGGCGCCAACGCUCAGCAGAAAGAGGGCCUGGGUAUCAUGACCCCAGACUACUACUGCUACCUCAACCAGUCUGGGACCUACAAGGUGGAUGGGACCAACGACAGCAAAGACUUCCAAGAGACUAUGGAAGCCAUGCAGGUGAUUGGGAUCCCGGGCGACAUCCAGACUCAGGUGCUGCAGAUCAUCGCAGGCAUCCUCCACCUGGGAAACAUCAGCUUCAUAGAGGCAGGCAACUAUGGGCAGGUGGAGAGCACGGACUUGCUUGCCUUCCCUGCCUAUCUCCUGGGCAUCGACCCCAGCCGUCUGCAGGACAAGCUGAUUAGCCGGAAGUGGGACGGGAAGGGUGAGUCCAUCAAAGUGACUCUGAACCAGGAGCAGGCCACCUACACGCGAGACGCCCUGGCCAAAGCCCUCUAUGCACGACUCUUUGACUACCUGGUGGAGGCCAUAAAUAAAGCCAUCCAAAAACCACAUGAAGAAUUCAGUAUCGGAGUACUGGACAUUUAUGGCUUUGAGAUAUUCCAGAGAAAUGGCUUUGAGCAGUUCUGUAUCAACUUUGUCAACGAGAAACUGCAACAGAUCUUUAUUGAACUGACUCUGAAGGCUGAGCAGGAAGAGUACGUUCAGGAAGGCAUCAAGUGGACUCCCAUCGAGUACUUCAACAACAAGAUUGUGUGCGACCUCAUUGAAAAUAAAGUGAACCCUCCUGGCGUAAUGAGCGUACUGGAUGACGUGUGCGCCACCAUGCAUGCCAAAGGAGAGGGUGCAGACAGCACUCUGCUGCAGAAACUGCAGGCCGCCGUGGGAACGCAUGAACAUUUCAACAGCUGGAACUACGGCUUCGUUAUACAUCACUACGCUGGCAAGGUGUCAUACGAUAUCAAGGGCUUCUGUGAGAGAAACCGGGAUGUGCUCUUCCCUGACCUCAUUGAGCUCAUGCAAAGCAGCGAAUAUAACUUCAUCCAUAGCUUGUUCCCUGAAAAACUCAACACAGAUAAGAAAAGCAGGCCGACCACAGCCAGCUCAAAGAUCAAGAAACAAGCUAAUGAUUUGGUCAAGACAUUGAUGAAAUGUACUCCGCACUAUAUCCGCUGCAUCAAACCUAAUGAGACAAAAAGGCCGAAAGACUGGGAGGAGAGCAGGGCGAGGCAUCAGGUUGAAUAUCUAGGACUGCGGGAAAACAUUCGUGUAAGAAGGGCUGGAUUUGCGUACCGCAGAGCCUUCAAUAAGUUUAUGAUGAGGUAUGCCAUUCUGACCGCUGAGACGUGGCCAAGUUGGAGGGGUCCGGAGCAGCAGGGGGUCCUUCACCUCCUCCGCUCCGUCAACAUGGAUAGCGACCAGUACCAGAUGGGACGCACUAAGAUCUUCGUAAAGAACCCUGAAUCGCUUUUUCUGCUGGAGGAGAUGAGGGAGAGGAAGUUCGACACUUUUGCCAGGAUCAUUCAGAAAUCCUGGAGACGAUACAUUGCAAGGAAGAAGUAUGAACAGAUGAGAGAGGAGGCAUCAGACAUCCUGUACAACUCGAAGGAGCGGAGGAAGAACAGCAUCAACAGAAACUUUGUGGGAGACUACCUCGGCCUGGAGCAGAAGCCUGAGCUGCGACAGUUCCUGUCCAAGAGGGAGCGUAUCGACUUCGCUGAUUCUGUCAACAAGUUUGAUCGCAGGUUCAAGUCUAUCAAGAGAGACUUGAUCUUGACCCCCAAGGGCAUCUAUCUGAUUGGUCGAGAGAAGGUGAAGAAAGGGCCUGAGAAGGGCCAGAUAAAGGAGGUGCUGAAACGUAAACUGGAGUUUGGAAGCAUCAGCGGCAUCUCUCUCAGUACGAGACAGGAUGACUUCUUCAUCCUACAUGAGGCCCAGUACGACAGUCUGUUGGAGUCCACAUUCAAGACAGAGUUCCUCAGCCUGCUGUUGAAGCGCUACGAGGACGUGACCAAGAGAAAACUGACGAUCUCCUUCACUGACAGAUUGGAGUUCAGAGUGAAGAAGGAGGGCUGGGGUGGAGGAGGCUCCAGGAUGGUCGUGUUUCAGAGAGGGCAAGGGGACCUGGCUCAGAUCAAACCUGGAGGGAAGACCCUCACCAUCACAGUAGGGGACGGUCUGCCCAAGUCUUCCAAGCCAAGCAGGAAGAGUGCUCCACAGUCUCGUGGGGGUGGAGGGAGAAAUAAUGUUGGCAGCAGAGCUCACCAGAAUGGAGCAGCCAAGUUUUCCAGAGCCCCUCACAACCAAUCAUCAGACAUCAUGCAUUCCUCCCCGCAGAAACAUGUCCGGCCACCAAGCACGGCCCCGCCCAAACUGGGCUCCCAGAGGGCCCCCCGAGUGCCAUCCUCCAAUCAGCACAACCAAGGGAACUUGGACUUCCUCAACGUACCUGACCAGGGCAUGUCAGGGAAGCAGAGGCGAAGGAGCGUCAGCCAGCGACCUCCUCCAGCUCCUAAACCACAGCCGCGGCCCCAGGGGCCCCGCUGCCGGGCGAUAUAUCAGUACAUCGGCCAGGACACGGACGAGAUCACCUUUGACGUCAAGGACGUGUUCGACCUCGUCAAAGAAGAUCCAUCAGGCUGGUGGACAGGCAGGAUUAACGGAAAGGAAGGUCUCUUCCCUGGUAACUAUGUGGAAAAGAUCUGAACAGGACCUGUGGAUUUUGUCUGUUGAGAAAUAUGUGUAUUUUGUUGAAAGCAUCACAUACUGUUUGCUACUUCCUGGUUGUAUGUUAGAUCUUCAUCCAUAAUGGAAGCUGUUUAAGGGUGGACCUGGCUGACAUUUGAGCCACAAUUAACUUGUUUGGCACAGUGCUGUACGAGCAGAGCACAUCGCUGUUAUGGUCACGAUUGUUAAAAAACGAUCCUCUGCAAAGAGCUGCUCAGGUUUUAUCUCUAGUUGUUCUGAAAGACCUGUUGCAACAAGAUCUUUGACUUCACCUGCACUCCCACAACAACUUUCUUUGAGUUGUUACUUCCCUGAAAAUGACUCAAAGUUAAAGUUACAGGAAAGUGACCUGAAAAUACUGCAUUGCUUUCUGGUGUCUACAGUGUUUAUAUUCCCACUCAAGCUUUUUUGUCAGAGCAACGUCCAAUACUGCUCAGUAUUCGUGAUCAAGACAGCAGAACAAAAUCAAGUAAUAUUAGAUAUUUGAAAAUGCAACUUGACUGUUAUGUCUAAAUAAACAACAAGCUGUCUUCAGAUCAAUCCAACACAUUGACAGAGACAAUACUUUUGAUCUCACCUUUUUUAUGAUUAUUACUAAUAUUGUUGUUGGUAUUUACUCAUAUCUUUUUUCACCUCAAUAAAAGACAAGAAAUAUAUUUUCAUAUUUUUACCUCAAAGACUUUGCUUUUUUUGCUUUCUUUUUUUAUUUGUGGUUGAUUUUGUAAAAUAAUGUAAUUCCCUCACAGUCAAUCAAUGUCUGUUUUUGUAUGGAAAAAUAAAGAGUUUUAACACUGAA